ACCACAGAUUUAUUAGCACAACAUGCAGAAGCCCUACAGAAAAAAAUUGAAAACAUUUGCCUACAACAUGAGAAAGAAAGAGCUGAGUAUGAUGGGGUUGUGGCACAUUAUGCAGCUAUGUGGCAGGACUAUGAGGCCACAUACAAACAGUUCCCACUGGCAAAGGCUCUGGAGGCUGAGCAAGAAGCUGUUAGGCAGACAGAGGAGGAAGAAAAGAAACUGAGACAGCGGGCAGAAGAACUCAGGAAGGUGAUAAGAAGGGCUAAUGGAGAGGAUGAGACUGGGGAAGAUACUGUGCAGGCAUUCAACUCCUUGUCAGAGUUUGUGGUAGCAUUAGCAGAGUACAAGGUUAAGACAUGGCAAACAAGUGAAAAUAAUGAGAAAAUGAGGGAGCAGUUGGCAGAACUUCAGAAUACAUUGGAGCAGAAAAGGGCAGAGAGGCUCAGACAGGAAGAGUCCCAAGAAUCACAGGGAUUUGAACAAACCCAUUCCAUGUGUGCUGAAGAUACAGCAGAAGAUGGUGGAUUGGAAAUGAUUGAAGAAAGAUGUGAUGAGACGCAACAGCAACAUCAAAAUGUGUUGGUGCACCAGCAACAGAAACCACAGUCCAUGUUGCCUCAACCACAGUCAACAUUGCUUCAACAACAGUCAACAUUGCCUCAGCAAACAAAACCAGCUGUGUCUCAACAGUCACAGUUCACCAUUCCUCAACAAUCACAGUUUGUGUCACAACUAACACAAUCACACAUGCCACAGUUGCCCCAGCAACCCCAUUUACAGGUCUUCACCAGACAGUCUCUUCAAACACAUCCAAACUCUGACCCUCAGAAUAUACAGUCAAACCAGGCCCCAUUCCCCACACUGUAUGAUACACAAUCCUACAACCCACUGCAGUUAAGACCACGGGAGUCACAAAGUAGCCAAGCUAUGUUUCAACAAUCACAAACCUGUGGUACUCCAUCACUUUAUACACCACAGUCUUCCAGAGCUGAUAAGCAGAGCUUGACUCACCCUCAGUCUGUGGCACAACAACAGCAGCCUAGCACUGUGCAACCCUUGCAUUCACCACAGUAUUCCAGAUCUCAGCAGCUGCAGACCAAUCAGUCUCAGCUGAGGGCUGCAGCUAUUAAUGUGAUGCCUGGGCUUAGAACUCCUCAGAGAAAAUCACCACCAAAGCUAGUCAUGCCCACAAGACCAAGCAGUAUCUUAGACAGAGGGCAACAACAGGGACCAAAUAACACUUUACUAAGGCAAGUCCAGAACCAACAACUGCAGAAGAAAGUUGAAACAGCCAGACAGCCAGCACUUGGUAGUCAACAUCAGUCCAACUGGAUGGAGCACCAACAGCCACCAUCUCUAGGGAGGGAGGGAAUUGGCAGUCCUCUAGUACAUGACCCAGGCUCAUACAACAACACCUUCAUGCUGCAGACACCUGCUAGGCCAAAACAGCAGCUGAUACAGCCUGAGUCAAGUACUGAAAGUUCACCACAUCCCAUCAUGCAGAGUGAGGCAGGACCUCUUACACCAGGCACCCCUCACAGUGAUACCAAUAUGUCAGAUAUCCCAUUGGAUCCAGACAGCCCCUUCAACCUGGAGGGCCAUCUGAAGAAGAUCCAUCUGAUGAGUAACAAGUCCCCCACUGGUCCUACCUUCAACCAGAGACCAAUGUUUAAACCCAGUACACAGAGGGAAGGAGCAGUAGAAAUGAUGUCAUUUGUACAUGUCAGUACCACCAGCCCUACUUUCCCAACUGGAACUGCUGGUACCAUGAGUACUGGUCAGAACAGAGGUCCAUCUCCAGAUGCAAGAGGCCAUCUACCAAAUCAGACAAAUAACAGGCAGCAAAAUUUGAAUCCCAAACCAAGAGAAGAACCCAUGUUUAAAAUGCCAUCAACACCAAUAUCAGAAGCCAAGAAGUCCCCCACGUAUCUCAGGCCCUCCACGUCUAAAGUCUCAAAACACAUGGGGCAGGGAGAUGGGCAGCCAGCAUUCCAGCAAACAUAUGGAGGUCCCCAGGCUCCACUGGUCAACAGAUGUGGGUCUGGGGAAGAUAAGGGUAAACAGACUGGCUCAGAACCAAAUCCCAGCAGUCAGCCAAACUUUCUGACCAGUGAUGGAGAUUCAUCUGAUGCAUUUGAUGUUUUCUGCAGUGGUGCUGGUGGUGCUGGUGCUGGAAAUCCCAGCGCCUCUCCAAAGUUUUGUUUUGGCGACACAGAAAGCAACGGUGACUCUGCCUUGGCCCUGUUUGGUUGCAGUGAGGCAGACUUGCAAGGUGGAGAUAAGUCUGGAGCAGCUUCCCCGUUUGGUUUCUUUAAGGACAACAACAGUGACCCUAACUCACCAUUUAAUUUCGGUGGCAUGGGUGAUGGCAGUCUCCCCUUGUUAAUGUUUGGGGAGAAAGACGAUGGGGAAACUGAAGACUUUGGCUUGGGGUCCAACACACAGGAUGAUAAUAGUUAUCUUAGUAUCUUUGGGAAUUAAAAUUGUUUUAGGAGAGUGGUAGAUCCAGGACGGUGGGAUGGGGGCAGAGAGGCACGUG